UCAAACCAUAUGCUGCUUAUCUAAUCUUAUUUUAUCUUAUCUAUAAUAAUAACCGUCUUGCAGCAUUUGUCAUUAGACAAAGUUAAUGAUCAUUACACAGUUAAUUAUUAGUGUGUGAAGUUGUUUGUUCAUGGGGAAAAUACAAAAUAUUUGCAUUCAUGCACAGUGUAGGCUAUUUGUAAUUGAGAAACGCCGUGAGACUGGCAGGAACACAAGUAACUGAGAGGAGGAGCUGCAGAGAGAGAUUAAGCAGAUUAAAGCAGGAUUGAUGAAACAGCGUCUUUCCAAGAAAGAGAGAAACUAACAAUCAUAUCUAAAACGAGAGAGAAGUUUCAUGCUGCUGCCGAUGAGUUGACUGUGAGGAAGACAGAAGUACAGGUGGACAACAGGAGAGGACAGACCAGCUGAGGGAAGAUGAAUGACAUAGACAGGUGCUGAGAGGAGGAUUAACACUCACUAAAGCUCUGUGCAGAGUGCAGGAGACUCAGACACACAUACAGGCAGUGAUUGGUUGGGUCUGGUAGUUCUCAUAAUGUCACUGGCAGUGGACGAGACAGCAGGUGACCUCCCAGUGAGGGAUGAGGGCUUGAGAGCAGGGCUGAUAACUGUUCUCACAGAUACAGAUCAAGACACCAGAAACUGGAGAAGACCACCACAGGUGCUCAAAAUAAAGGAUCGCCAGCGAUUGUUCAGAAUACCACGCGAGCAGCUGGAGGACCAAUGUCUCCACCUACAAGAGGAGAACACACUUCUCAAACAACAUAGCCGCACACAAGAGCAAAAACUACGCAGGUUGUCAACAAAACUGCUGCGAUUAAAGCAAGGCCCUUCGUCUGCUGGGAGGGAUGGAGAGCUGGAGGACACUAUUCAAGAGCUAGAGGCUCGUGUAGCUACUCUAGAGAGUCAGAGGAGGGCGCUGCAGAGCAAACUCAGUUUAGCCAAGCAACACAUCUUAGACCUGGGCAUCAGGACACAUAACAGGCCACGAACAGGACGAGGUGUGGAUGGGGACGGAGGGGUCAGACGAGCUGCCCAAACUGCUCCUGCCCGCUAUGGCAUCAGUUCACUGGAAGACACCAGAGGAGAGAUAGACAGAUUACUUGCAUUACUCAGCAGAUCUACCAUCAUAGAAAAUCAGCAAGGGAGGGUAGCAGAGCUGGAGCUGUCUGCUCAGUCUCUUAGAGAAUCACUCAGAGACAAAGAUAAAGAAAUUGAAGGUAUUGUGAAAGACCUGCGCAAACAACAAGCUGAUGGACACAGACUCAUUAUAAAAGAUAAUGUAGAUGUGAUAAGGUUGCAGAAGCAGCUUUGUGAAAAGAGCACCUCCCUUCUGGUCCUUCAGGAAAAGUUUGCUGCUCUUCAGGAGGCUUAUGAGAACCAGCUGGAGGAGGGGGCAAAGGUUUUUUAAGAGAGAGAAGGGGAGCUGUUGUGGGGGGUGUGGGGGAUGUGUGUGAUGUUGUGACAGGAGAAGCAGAGAGUGCUGACACUUGAGGGCCAGCUCAAUGCUGCCACACUUUCACUGCAAGCUCUGGGGGAGCUUCAGGAGAGGGUUUCAGACCUGGAGGGGGAGAGGAACCUCCUUAAGAAUAGCUAUGAUUCGCUUCUGGAGUGCACUAUGUCUGUUCAGAACCAUCAAGAAGGACAGCAUGAGAAGAAAGACAAAAGAAGUGAACAAUUUAAAGACGAGAGUUGGAGAGAGGAUGUACGGAGGCUUGAAGAAAGACUGGAGGAAGAAAGGAAAGAAAAGAAAAUGCUGGAGCAGGAGAAGGAACAGCUGAGACAAGAGAGUGACCGGUUUCAGAAGGAGAAGGAGCGAGAUAGAGAUAUGGUUAUGUUCCUCAGAGAAAAACAUGACUGCUUGGAGCAAGAAGUCCUGCAGCACAGACAGGAAGUCACAUCUUUGCAAGAAAAACUGGACUCUGUUACAAAAGAGUUUGAUAUGAGUGUGGAAGAUCUGAGUGAGACUCUGCUGCAGAUUAAGGCCUUUAGAAUGCAGCGGGAGACUCAAGGGAUGAUGUGUUUCUUGAAAACAGACGAGAAGAUAGAGGAAACAUCAAAGGAUUUGACUGCAGUACAGGCUUCAUAUGCAGAAACUGUUUUGGAACUCCAGAAAACAAGGGAUUUAUUAUUACUGCAGCAUCGACUAAAUGCUGACCUUCAGAACGAGAUGAAGACAGUUGUGGAAAAAUUUGAGAGAGAGAGGGAGGAGAAUAGAAGGAGGGCAGGUGAAAAAGACAAAUUGCUGAAAAGCAGAAGCCUUCAAAUCAGCAAUUUACAAGCUCAGCUCAAAGACAUAGCGUACAGCCCUAGAAACUAUAAGCAGACCAUACCCCUGCAGUACACCUGGACAGGGCUGGAACAAGAGUCAGUCAAGCCUGCUGCAGAGGGCGCCAUAAUCACACAGCUGCGUGGAGGAGAAUCUCUUCUGGAGAUCCAUUUAACAGGAGCCACCUUUACACCUCUUGGAUUGAGACUCAUGGGACAAGGCACAGGUGAUCACCAAGGGGUUGCAACAUUUUGCACCUAUGGGUUCCUCGACUUUGAAACCCUCUCAACUUCAUUAAUAUCAGGUGGACAGCCAAAUUAUGGCUUCACCUCGCAAUAUGCCCUCACUGAGUCCGACCUGGAGAAGCUCAGGGUUCAGGGUGGGUCCAUCACUGUUGAACUGCACCAGGCACUUGGAGGGGUACAAUUUAUGACCCGUGGGAGAGCGAGGAUUUCUCUAAUGGGAGCUCUACAGCGUACGGGUGAACGAAUGAAUAACAGAACCAACAUCACAGGAGCUGAAGGGGAAAUCAUAGGAAUCCUUGAGUUUUGGGUGUGUUUACACCCUCAGGUGGAACUCACAGAACCUCAAAUGGAAAAAGCCACAAGUAGAGCAGCUAUAAGACACACCAGAGGUUCAGAAUGGGCUCAUGGAGAGCCAGAGGAAAUAUAUGAUUAUGGCGUAGGGAUACCCAAUGAACUUGAGGUGGUACUGGAGCGCUGUGUGGGCCUCAGCACCCGCUGGCCAGGACUACUCCCUGAUGCAUACUUAACAUAUCGCCUUUAUGACCUACCACCUCAUUCUACACCCAUAAUUCAAUGCUGUGUGGAUCCUGUCUUUGGAGACUCAGCGAGCUAUCCAUUAGCUGUAACCACAGAUUUAUUAGAAUACCUGAAUGUGGGCAGUCUGUGGGUGUAUGUGUUUGAUGACAGCGAACGUCAGACUGCUUCCACAUAUUUGGCAAAGACACCAAUCCCACUACGAGCCCUUGCAGCAGGCAGACCAAUCAGAGGUGAUUAUGUGCUUAGAGACCCUGCUGGCAGUCCAAGAGGAAUGGUGAGGGCCACUCUCAGGUGGAAAUACCCUUUCCAGUCACCUGAGGCACCCUCAAGACAAAGAGAAGGAGUAGAGAAAGAGAGAAUGGUUCCCAGUACUGAGGUUUCACAGAGACCCAUUGCAAAGCCCAGGUCUCAGCUUCGGCCUCCACCAGAACAUGGAGCCAGGGGCACUGACACUCACCCAUCCACACCCAUUAGAAGCCCCCAAAGAGGUUCAAUCAUACUUCCAUCGCCAUCCAUUCAGGUCACUGAACCCACGUCUUAUUAUCAGAAAACUCCAUCUAGUUUGGCUCAACCUUCAAGAUCGGUUAGACGGAAGCAACACCGCACUGCAGCAUUGCACGUUCAGGACAAACUAAAACCCACAACGGCACCUUACCUGAGUCCUGCCAUGUCUAUUAAGUCACAUAAAUCUAAUCGAGUUAUGGACUUCAGACCAUCGGCCUCAGUGCCGAGCACCCCUCGCAGCCAAAGGAGCAAUCGAAGCGACUCCUCACAGCAAAUUAAAAUGGAGGAGGAACAGGAAUAUGAAGAUCAGGAAGAUGAAACUGAAGACAGAACUCAAAAUGACAUAGAUGCCCUUCAGUCUGAUGAAUCAAGAGAUUCAAAUGGAAGUGAUGUCAUCAUAAUUCCUCACCCACCAAAACCACAUAAAAAGGGAGACAGACUCAGUGUGGAAAUCCUGUCACUUUCUUUUAACCGCUCUUCCAGUGUUGCACUUGACCAAUCAGUGCAUCAGGUAUAUGUAGAGUACCGCCUUCUAGGUAUUCCCAUGGAGACAACAGAAACACCCAUGUCCCUGCGUAAACCAACAGACGGGGAGGAAAUACAUUAUAACUUUACACGAGUUAUCCAUGUGGAUAGCAUGGAAGCAGCUCCCUUGAGACAUUACCUCUACACCAUGCUGGAAGGUACAGACCCCAACCAGGGCAGGUUAAAGUUCACAGUAGUCAGUGAGCCCAUGAACGAGCAAGAAGAAUGUAAAGAUGUAGGCUAUGCCUACUUGGAUUUACAAGAACUUCUGCUGACUGGAAAUGAUAUUAUUGAAGAACAAAUCAAUGUUGUUAGUGCGGAUGAAGAACAGGAUGUGGUGGGAAAACUGAAAGUAUCUGUAGAGGCUGCACAGGCUCUGACUGGAAUCUAUCAGGAAUAUCAUCAGAUUGUGAAAAGGGAGAGAGAAGAACCCGGAAACAGCACAGAGAAUGAGGAGGAGGAGGAAAGGAUACAAAAAAGAUUGCAUGUGCUUGAUUUUGAAGUUGAUGAAGACACUGAUUUUUACUGAAAAUCUACAGCCUGAAGUUAUGUUCAAACCAGGCCAUUCUUUUAAGGAACAUUACUUUUUGUUUGUUUGUUUGUUUUUUACUCUACAACAUAAAAAUUUUGCUCUUGCAACAUUAUAAACUCAUUCUCAUCAAAACCUUUGACAUUGUCGUGUUUAAAUUAUACAAAACAUGGAUGUGGUUUAAGUUGCUAAAUGUUUUAAUAUAAAAUAAUUCAUACAAAAACAGAGUUCCCUUUCUGUCGGUCACUACUAGUUAUGUUGUAACAACAUAGGGGUUUACUUGAGAGCCCCAAUCCGCUCUGACUUUCAGAGAAAACUGCUCUCGCAGCCAAAGCUUAUGGUGCUGCGGGCCAAGCCUCCUCUGCCCUGCAUACCAUGGCUAUCCUCCAGGCCUACUAAGCCAAUGCACUCAAACAAAUGCACGAGGGUAAUGGCCCUUUUCUUGCCGUGCGCAGUUCGUACUGACUUCGCCAAAGCGGCCCUGACAUGGGCAACCCGGAGAUAUGGGAAGCUGCUUUUUUUCAGGAUAUGGCAAGAACAGGGCCACUCCUUCCCCUGGAGGAGGGCCAGGCGGAGAAUCCUUUGUGCCAUUUUGUUUCUGUGUGGUACACACAUUCUCGAAAAAAGAGCAGUUUCCUUUUUUCUCUGGGUUAUCAGGCUCGUAGGUUGACAGUGAGUGACGAGCUACCUCCUCACUCUCACCCACGACGCCCCCUAUCGCCAGCAGCCAAGAGAUUGUGGCUCGGAGACGCACUCCCUCUCCACGCAUCUCUGGCCAGUCCCUCUGGGGACACGGGGAGUCCUGCAGUGAUGAGCCAGGACGGGAUGCCUUCUGUGCCAUCCAGCACAAUUUUCCACCGCUGCACCACAGCGGGUGCGUCGAUUGUCCCUUUGGUGCCACUCGCACCGAGUUUGAAAGCAUGGCUCACGCUGCCCAACCCAUCCCACUGGCUCAUUCAGACAGUUCGACUCGGCUAUGUUCAGUGGCGUUCUCGAGACUUUGGUGGUUGCUCGAGAUGCCCUUGUCCUGUGCGUACUUUCAUGUUUGAUUCUUCCUCGACACAGGCCAUUCCUACGGUUUGCAUUCGAGGGUCAGGCAUGGCAGUACAGGGUCCUCCCUUUUGGGCUGUCCCUGUCCCUCCGUGUCUUUACGAAGGUCGCGGAGGGUGCCCUUCCCCCGUUAUGGGAAGUUGGGGCUUCAGGUCAAAUGGGAAAAGAGCAAACUCUCCCCGGUGCAGAAAAUCUCUUUUCUCCGUAUGGAGUUAGACUCGGUGAGUAUGACAGCGCGUCUCACCGAGUGCACAUUGAGUGCACCCAGUCAGUACACUCCAGAGUCCCAAGAUGGGCAUGGCUUCACGGUACACUUUGUGACAAUCCGGCUGAUCUUAAGUCAUUUCGGGGAAGCACAGGUAGACCUGUUUGCUUCACACGAGUCCUCCCACUGCCAGCUGUAUUACUCCCUGACCGAAGUCCCCAUUCUCAUGGAUGCACUGGCACACAGCUGACCUUGGGCUCCACGCAAGUAUGCGUUUCCCCCAGUGAGACUUCUCGCACACCUGGCGCAUUCCUCUGAAGGAAGGAGCUCCUUUCUCAGGGGCUCGGGACCAUAUGGCACCCGCGUCCAGAUCUAUGGGACCUUCAUGUGUGGCUCCUGGAUGGGACCCGGCAGACUGAAGUGCUCUGCCACCAGCGGUGGUAAACACGAUCACUCCAGGACCAGGAGCUUCAGAAGCUCUAAGCAGGUCUUUGUCUGCUACGGAGGUUAGCAGAAAGGGAAGGCUGUUUUCAAGCAGAGGUUGGCCCAUUGGGGGUGAGGACUCACUCCACAUGGAGUGUUGCCUCCUCCUAUGCGCUGGCGCACAGCACCUCUAUGGCAGACAUCUAUAGAGCUGCGGAGCAGUCAGAUGCCAGGCCCAGUAAUGGUGUUAGCUUGCCCCGGGGUUCCAGUAAGCUCCUUUACUGGGCUAAGUGUCCAUAUGGUUUGAUUCCCUGCAGGCGAUCCCAUAUGCCUAUUCUUCCACAGUAAGGUUUUUGGUAAACCCAUGUCUUCCCUUUGACAGACCACUCUGUCAGUCUCAACUCGCAGCCGUUCCUCCGUACUCCUAUGUAGGACCUGCCUUAGAGGCCAUUCCAUAUCAGUGUCUCCACAUGAUACCUCCCUAUGGGCAGGAUGUGGUCUCCAUAGCGCCCUUCUCUGGAAGGCUCGCUUCCCCUUCAUUACUGACAAGCUGUAAACAACAAACAGGAAAGUCGUGAAACCUUUCAUGAAGGUCAAAAUCCCAUUUUUUUUUUCUGUCUUAGGAAUAGUGGGUUGGCUAUCUCCAGCAGUGAUGUACUCACUUUUUGGUCCCUGUGGGGGCCAAGGUUAGCGAAUUUGCACUAGGAUGUUGGGAAGGUUACAACUUUUGCGUAGCAUUUGUAGCGCUACAUGGUUGUGACGGGGUUCAGGUUGUUGCGCUUUCCAUGGACCCCCUAUGUCGUCACAACAUAAUUCACAGUGACAUGCUGUGGAAGGAUAAAUCGCAGAUUUCUUUUAAUAUUUUAAAGGAGAAUUUGUCUAAAUAUAAAAAAAAGUUAGAUCUGAGAAAUCAAAGUAUCUCUCUAAUGUUAUCUGUAAUAACUCUCAUAAGUCAGCUGUGCUGUUCAGUACUAUUAAUGCUGUUUUGAACACUCCCCAAGCUACACUCCUCCUUGUCUUCUAAAUGAUUCAUUUGAAACUAUUGGUCCUAAAAUUCUUGCAAUUAUUAAUAGUAGCCUGACCUUGGGAGUUGUACCGCAAGUCUUUUAAACAUGCAGCAGUGGAACCAGUAAUCAGGAAACCUAAUUUGGAAUCAUCAGUUUUUGCUCAUUUUAGACCUAUCUCCAAACUUCAAUUUCUUUCCAAACUACUGGAGAAGGUUGUAUUUGGACAAUUGAUUUAAUUUCUAGAUCUAUAUGUUUCAGUCUGGUUUUAAAUCUUUACAUAGUACAGAAACUGCACUGAUGAAGGUGUUUAAUGACUUGUUACUUGCUACUGACUCAGGGGACUGUGCGAUUUUAAUUCUACUAGACCAUUCGGCUGCAUUUGAUACUGUAGACCAGUGCUUCUCAAAGUCCGGACUUCAAUCCGGACCCACCUCCAUUUUGUAUUUCAAGAGCACUGAUAAACUGUUAAACUUGUAAAUCAUUUAUUUU